AUGGACAGCAAGGAUGUUUUAUGGAAUUUUGAAGACCUUAAAUUGCUAAAAGGUACAGAUUUGCCAAUUUUCGGAGGUGAUACUUAUCCUUGUAUAAGUAUACAAUUGAGGAGUAUGACAGAACCUAUAAGAGUGCUAUCUGGUAUUGACUACUGGCUAGAUAAUUUGAUGGCUCACGUUCCCGAAGUUACUAUGUGUUAUCAUUCAAACUAUUUUGUGCAAAAACACGAGUUAGUGAUGAAUGAGGACUUGCCAAGUUUGAAUGACUCUACAUGUUCAUCUAAAGUUAUUACACGUGUCGCUCAAAAUGUAUUGUCAUUUUUAAAGUCAAAUACCGCUGAACCUGGACAUACAUACUGGUUAUUUAAAGGGGACGAUGAUGAUAUAGUGAAAUUAUACGAUUUGUCUUCAUUAUGUUCUGAAUCAUUGGUUGAAGAAUACUGUGAAGGUCAAAACCUGUUUACUAUUCCAGUGGCUAUGCUGUUAUAUCAUGUUGCUCUGAAUUUAAAAUACAACCCAAUAGAUGAGAAGGCAUCUAAUUCAGCUACUAUACACAUUUUGCUAAAUAAUUGUUUGAAAUUAUUAAACAAAACUAAAUACCCUCAUAUAGUAACAUCUGUACAUUUUAUGUUAUCCGAUUUCUAUAUUCCAAUUGAUAUUAAUCCCGCAUUAAUUAAACUUGAUGAUAACACUCUUUUGUCGCCGGAUGUUGAUUCAGAUGAGAAUUUAUCAACUAGAUCUGAUGUUGAGAAAUCUAUGUUUUCCAUAGAACUCGAGAAUCCUCCAUCAGAAACUAUAGUAAUGACAUUAGAAGAACAUUGUCAAAAAGCUUUAUAUAAUGUUGGUUGUGGUUUAAGUUGUUUAUACAAUUUGGAGGAUAUAAAUCAACAGUUAACAAUGAAAAAAGGCCGAAAGAUGAAAAACGGCAAUAAUAAAGGCAAAAAUCAAAAAAAUAAUAAAGAAUGUGAUGAAAACAAUGACGACUAUAAAAAUAACACAUUACUCUGUAAGUCUGUUGCUGAAAUUAUGCCCACUUGGUAUAAUCCACCAGAUCCUCAGGACAAUGAUUCUUGGAAACAACGCCUGAAUAUACUAUUUUAUGAAAAAGCAUGUUUGGCAUACGAUAUAUUAGCUGAAUAUUAUCUAGCACAUGCAAAGUACGGAAGAGCAUUACAACAUUAUUGCUAUUUAUUUAAAUGCUGGCUGUGGAUUAUCAAGAACAACUUCAAUAGAAAAAUAGGGUUUCUAUUAAAAAGUUCUGCUGAUUGUUGUUUGUAUAUUUCGCAAAAUUGGGAUAAAGUACAGCAGUACAGAAUCGAACUAGAAACUGAUGAUAAAUGUGAUUUAAAAAUAAGGAGUUCAUUACUAGACAAAUUUGAUAAUUCUAAACUACAAGAUUUCAAUUUAAUACCAAGAAAUAUUGAGUCAAAAGAAGGUUUAUUGAAUGCAGCAGUUAAUUGUUACAAACGGUCUUUAGAAUAUGAAAUAGACGAAGACAACAAAAACCAACUAAAUAGAAGAAUUGGAAAUGCUUAUUAUGAACUAACAACAGGAUUCGUAGAUGAAAUAAUAAAUGCUUGGAGAAAUCAAUCUAAAAUAACUUCUCCAAGAUUAAAAUGGCUACUAAAAACAUCCAGAAAUUAUUUGUCAAUUGGAAUUAAUAAAUCUGAAAGAUCAUCUGACAAAUAUAACCUCGCGUUGUUAUAUUCAAACAUGGGCCGAUUGUAUCGAUAUACAUCAGAAUAUGUAUUACAAAAUAAUCUUUCUACUAAUGAUUUUAUAAAAGAUAAGGAUUUUAAUAAAAUGGCUGUUGAAGGCUACACAAAAGGCUUGACAGCGUUGGGCAAUCGAAGUUUCCAUCCAGAACUUUGGGACUUUAUUAACUUUGAGGUAUCUACUGUGACUUACAAUAUGGCUAAAAAAUAUCAAGACAAUCCACCCGAAUACUCCUCAGAUCUAACUGAAGCUAUAAAUGUGGUCUUGGAAGCUUUGAAAUAUUGUGAUUUGGAAAAUAAAGUGCCUAAAAAAUCAUACUACGAAUAUCGAGCAGCAGAUAUUCAUGAUCGCCUGGGGUCUUUGUAUUACUGUCGAUUAAGAAAUAUGAAAGUGGAUAUGCCCAUGUUUGAAACUACUCUUAAUCAGUGCACAUCCCAUUAUAAACAGUCAUUUGAAAUAUAUUUUAAAACGAAACGUUCAUUUGAGUGUCUAGAAGUACUCAUGAAAGACAUCGCUGUAGACGAGCUUCAAAUUGAGAGAGCAAAACAUCCUUGGUUUAAAGUGAAGUUUAUCUCGUCUAUUUGCCAGAAAUUAGCCGAAAAUUGUAUGUGUGUAUUGCAAAUGCUAUUGGAAAGUAAAUUAGACGAUUGCAAAGAUAAUCAGGAUCCAGAACAGAAGAAACUACAUUUGUUAAAACUAUUCGAAGAUAGAUUACUACAAAUUUUAAAGUGCAUGAUCAAGCUAUCUAUAACAAAACUACCCACAUUGGAGGACAAAACUGACCAACUGAAAAGUAUUUAUGGCGAUUUGCUGAGGACAAGUGGAACUAAUGACAACUAUUCAUAUUUGCUUAAAGUUCUAAUACAAAUAAAAGAUUUAAGCUUAUACCAGGUUGCAUCAAAUUAG